AUAAGCGGGAAGUGAAAUGAAGUGAACCAAAUCCAAUCCCAUUUUCUCUCUCUCCCCCCCAAAAUGGUGACUGCUGCUGCAGCAACUCCAGUCUCUUACAUAAUCACGUCAUCAACUGCUUCAAAUUCUCCUUCCUCCUCAAGAUCUCAUAAUCAUACCUCAUCACUUAAACUCCUGCCUAUUUCCUCACCGUUAUCAUCAUCACUAGAACCUCAACUUCCAUUUAUCUCUAAUGGUUCAGUUACUAACUCUUCUUCUACCAAAUUACUCUCCGUUAGCACUAGAAAUGGUAAUGCUAAUCAAGAUACGGGUAUGGAAAGAAGACGAAGAGAAUUCAUUGCUGCAAUUGGUUUGAUUUCAAUAAAUUUUAAUCUAUGGCUGAAUCAAAAACCAAUUGCAGAUGCCCGGGAAAUUGAAGUGGGAUCUUUUCUUCCUCCAUUUCCAUCAGACCCUUCCUUCGUCGUUUUCAAAGCUUCAUCCAAGGACACUCCUGCUCUUCGUGCAGGAAACGUUCAACCAUAUAACUUCAUUAUUCCGCCAAGUUGGAAACAGACUCGAGUUGCAAACAUACUGUCUGGAAAUUACUGUCAACCAAAAUGCGCAGAGCCAUGGGUGGAAGUGAAGUUUGAAAAUGAAAAGCAAGGUAAAAUUCAGGUUGUGGCAUCUCCAUUGGUACGAUUAACAAACAAACUUACUGCAACUAUCGAAGAAAUUGGCACCCCAGAAAAGCUUAUUGCUUCAUUAGGUCCUUUCGUCACUGGAAAUACAUUAGACUCGGAUGAAAUCGUUGAAACCACUGUCGAAAAACAGGGUGAUCAAACGUAUUACAAAUAUGAGCUGGAGACUCCAUUUGCACUGACUGGUACACAUAAUCUUGCCAAGGCGACUGCCAAAGGAAAUACGGUCAUCUUGUUUGUGGUGAGUGCAAGUGAUAAGCAGUGGCAGGCAUCUCAGAAGACUCUUAAAGCCAUACUUGAUUCAUUCGAAGUGUAAUUUCAUAAUUCCUCAUUUGUAUCAGUGGAUUAAGGAAACCAGAUUCAUUGCCUGCUCAUGAACUACAUAAGAUGCAUCUUCAAACAUUUCAGAGCUAAGCUGCAAUUUUGAAUUUUCGGGGUUCAGCUGUUUGUAAAGAUUGUUUCAUGAAUUCUCAUCUUCCCUAAAAAUUCGUGAAACACAUCAUCUUCCAAAAAACUUAGAAGCAUGGAAGUGGAAGAAAUAGAAACUGAGGCAAAUCGAAAAACAGAUUAUAUA